AUGGCGGCUUCAUCUCAUCUCUUUGCAUUCCCUUCGCGUCUGCAUACAGCUUCUCCGUUUCUCUGUAACAUCCUUUUAAUCUCUCAAUUCAUUUUCGACAUUGUUGAUACUAUCCUCUUUCUUAUCCUAAUUUUACUGAGCACUCGUGUUUCAUUUAGCCGCACCAAACCGGAAUCGAGUUCGUAUCGCUGCGAAAUCAUGCCCGGACAAUCAGAGCUUCGAUUCGAACGAUUCCGAUUCUUCGUCGGAGACUACCAACGAAACCCAGGUUAA